ACUCUGAGAAUCAGAAGAAAUCUUGGAGCAAACAAGUGAGCAAAAUCCCUAGUUUGGGGAUGAUGUUUCCACGACUACGAUUGACGAAGGUCUUCGUCUCCCUGAUCUUCCCCGGGAAAUGGAUCGUCUUUGCCGACGGUAGCAGCGGCGGUGGCGCCGCGAGGAAUGGCUACUCCGGCGGAUUAUGGUCGUCGGCUGUUGUUCCUUCCAAUGUUGGUUUAGCUGUUGCUGUCACCGUCAUGGCCGGUCUGGCCGUGGCUUUCACCGUCGUCUACUCCCGUAGAGGAAGCAUUGGAUCACCUUGGUCACUGAGGAGAAGAAAGCGUGUUCUUCAACCUGAACAUUGGAAUGCUUUUUUCACAGAGGAUGGGCGACUCAGUGAUGGAGGUGUCAAAUUUCUGAAGAAAGUUCGUAGUGGGGGUGUACAUCCAAGCAUCAGACCCGAAGUUUGGCCGUUCCUCCUUGGAGUGUUUGACCUAAACAGCACCAAAGAAGAAAGAGAUUCUAUUCGACAGCUGAAACAGACAGAAUAUGAAAAUCUGCGGAGACAGUGUCGCGAGAUUCAUGAACGCAAUGAAAAUGGCUGUGACCCAAAGCAAACAGCUCAGAACAGUAACACUGAAGACAGUCUGGUUCUUGAUCCCCAUGAUAUUGAAGAAGUUGAUAGUUCCACAAGAUCCGAAUCGGAGAAGUUGAAUUCUAAAUCCAUUAUGCAGGAUGAGAAUUGUGAAAAGAGCGAUGUCACCAUUGAAGAUGCUGCUGCUAAUGAAUCGGAGCAGUUGAAUUCUGAAUCCACUAUGCAGGAUGAGAACUGUGAAAAGAGCGAUGUCACCAUUGAAGAUGCUGCUGCUAAUGAUUCAGACGCAACCAACCCUGUAGAAACCGAGAAUUCACCUCUUCUAGCUAACGAAGAAGCAGAAAGCCACAAUACUGUUAACCAAAGAAAAGACAAUUCGUCUCCAUUACCAAAGACAAAAUCUCAGGCUGCAGACGAGGAUUUCAUCACAACAUGGCAGAGAAUUAUCCGCCUAGAUGCUGUGAGAGCAAAUGAUGAAUGGGUGCCAUACUCACCGACUCAAGCUGCUGUUUCCGAGACAAAAGCCCGGGGUAUAGCCAUACAGGUUGGUCUCAAUGACUACGACCACUUGGAACCCUGCCGGAUAUUCCAUGCCGCCCGCCUGGUUGGGAUCCUUGAAGCCUACGCAGUCUACGAUCGAGAAAUCGGUUACUGUCAAGGAAUGAGCGACUUACUAUCUCCUUUAAUCGCAGUGAUGGAAGACGACGUCUUGGCAUUCUGGUGCUUUGUUGGGUUCAUGAGUAAAGCACGGCAUAAUUUCCGGCUAGACGAGGUUGGAAUCAGGCGACAACUCUCGAUGGUUUCAAAAAUCAUAAAAUUCAAAGACAUUCACUUGUACCGACACUUGGAGAACCUUGAAGCAGAAGACUGCUUCUUUGUAUACCGUAUGGUGGUUGUUCUGUUCAGACGAGAACUAACCUUUGAUCAGACGCUGUGUCUCUGGGAAGUAAUGUGGGCAGAUCAAGCUGCGAUACGAACUGGGAUUGCGAAGGCGACUUGGGGGAGAAUCCGAUUACGAGCACCGCCUACAGAAGAUUUGUUGCUUUAUGCGAUAGCCGCGAGUGUGUUGCAGAGGAGAAAGACGAUCAUAGAAAAAUACAGUGGGAUGGAUGAGAUAAUGAAGGAAUGUAACAGCAUGGCUGGUCAUCUUGAUGUUUGGAAACUUCUAGACGAUGCUCAUGACUUAGUCGUCAAUCUUCACGACAAGAUCUAAGGAUUACAUCACACUCUUGUUCUAUCUCUUUACUUGUUUGUUGCACUCUUUGUUAUUGUUACAUAAAAUGUGAUAAAAACAUUGUCCAAAAACACUUGAAAAUGUCGCAUUAUCGCUAAAUAAGUAAAUAGUAUAGAAAAUUCAAAA